UCUUAAAGUCCAGUCAACAGAGGCGGAGCAAACUGCGUUUCUCGAUCGUUUACAGACGGAGACGUUUGUGGCGGGGGUGCAUGGCCGACGGACUUUACCGCAAUGUUUAUUUGCUCUGUUUUCUGUAGAGUAGCUGUGUAAGCUGUGCGUCAGAGAGGGAGCAGAUGCGGCUCUUACCAUGACUCGUCCCGGGAAGCAGUGCUUUCAAGCGGCGUUGAUUUUCCUGACUGUCGCCCAGCUGACUGCAGGUUUGAAGUGUGUGUGCCAGCUGUGUGCCAACAACACCUGUGAGACAGCAGCAGACGGCGCCUGCUGGAACUCUGUGAUGCUGAUCGAUGGGAAGGAGGAGGCAGUGAAGUCCUGCCUGUCCCCCUCUGAGAUGAAAGGCCAGGUCUUCUGCUACAGCUCCAGAAAUGUCUCCAAAAGGAACUGUUGCUUCACUGACUUCUGCAACAACGAGACCCUGCACCUAUACCCAGAGAGGCCUUCAGAAGAACCCGGCUGGAGCAGGCUGCAGCUCAUCGUGGUGAUCCUGGUGCCCUCCUGCUUGCUGUGUGUAGGGAUCCUGCUAGGCGUCUUUGUUGUGCAGGGCCACCGUUGUGCCUACAGGCGAUCCCACAAGCAGGACCCGGAGGAACCUCUGGAUGAUCAGAUGCUUAUGUCACCUGACAAAAGUCUCAAAGAUCUGAUAUAUGACAUGAGCACUUCUGGUUCAGGAUCAGGCCUGCCACUGCUGGUCCAGCGAACCAUAGCUCGAACCAUCGUCCUGCAGGAGACCAUCGGAAAAGGUCGAUACGGUGAGGUGUGGCGCGGAAAGUGGAGGGGGGAGGACGUGGCAGUUAAGAUCUUCUCUUCCAGGGACGAGCGCUCGUGGUUCCGUGAAGCUGAGAUCUAUCAGACUGUCAUGCUCAGGCACGAAAACAUCCUGGGCUUUAUUGCUGCUGAUAAUAAAGAUAAUGGCUCAUGGACUCAGCUCUGGUUGGUGUCAGAGUACCAUGAGCACGGCUCCCUGUAUGAUUACCUGAACAGGCACACGGUCUCAGUGGAAGGCAUGAUUAUUCUUGCUCUGUCCAUAGCCAGUGGGCUGGCACAUCUCCACAUGGAAAUCAUUGGCACACAGGGGAAGCCAGCCAUUGCUCACAGAGACCUAAAGUCUAAAAAUGUCUUAGUGAAGAAGAACGGGAUGGCGGUGAUUGCAGAUUUGGGUUUGGCCGUGAAACUCGACUCCAGCACAAACACCAUAGACAUACCAUCCAACCACAGAGUGGGAACUAAGAGGUACAUGGCUCCAGAAAUCCUGGAUGAGACAAUCAAUAUAAACACCUUUGAGUCAUUUAAGCGGGCGGAUAUCUAUUCAUUAGGCCUGGUGUUCUGGGAACUGGCCAGAAGAUGCUCCGACAGGGGACUUCAUGAGGAUUUUCAGCUGCCUUAUUAUGACAUGGUGCCUUCAGAUCCAUCCAUUGAGGACAUGAGGAAAGUGGUUUGCGAUCAGAAGCUCAGACCCAGCAUACCCAAUCAGUGGCAGAGCUGUGAGGCUCUGCGUGUGAUGGGCAAGCUGAUGAGGGAGUGCUGGUACGCCAACUCUGCUGCGCGACUGACUGCUCUGCGGGUCAAGAAAACCUUGUCUCAGCUAUCAGUUAUCAAGGACAUCAAAGAAUAGUUAGAUUUGUUGCUCUGCAGAUCGGCACUGGUGCUGGCGCUGGUGUAAAAUAAUUGACCUCUCUUACUGCCCGAGACCGCCCUCCUUGGGACACAACCACACCGUCGGAGAGCUUCAUCGUGUCGUCAUUGGUGCCAAAGUAUUGUAGGAGUUGUUUUUGAAAGCUUUGCACUUAGACACCUUGUGAAGCAACAUUUUAACCAAACAGCUAAACUCUUAGUAGGAAGAGCCAUUUUAAAUAAGUCGUGUUUGAUGUAUAAAUAGAUUAUUUUGCUACCUCAGUAUCAUAAGUGCCCAAAGCUUGAAGUUGCACAUUGAUAUUUGUGCCAUAUCUUGUAGCCAAUACAGUAUUGUUGGGUAGUUAAUGUGCUAAAUGACAAUCUUGUAGGAUACUGGAUUUAAACGAAACAAAACAGCUGGUUUGACUGUUUUUUAAUGACAGACACACAUACAGAUUUUCCCUGUUAAUCAGACGUGCUUCUGCUUGACCGGCACUCAUGUACACAAAGCACUGCUAAGCUUACAACUAAAAGAUAAUCUUUAGCUCAAUGCAUCCAAGGUUUUUUAAUGAAAAAUUAACUCACAGCAAUUGGAUAAUUAAGGGUGUUAUAAGCAGAAGAAAUCUAAUGGAGUGAUGAACUUUUCAUCCACUGGUGCCAAUGGUCACUACAUGAAAAGGGUUUUUCAGCAUAUAGAGUGCAACUUGAACUAAUGAAAGUUUAUCCUGACAAAGAAAUAUUUCUGACAUUGUUUGAUUAACCAUAAAAAUCACUACAAAUACAUAUUUUUAAUAUAAAGAUAAGAAAAUCUAUGAAUGUCUACUCUAUUCUUUUUCUAAAAAAAUUAUUUGCAUAUUAAAGCUUUCUGCUGCUGAACAAAAAUGAGCAAUUAUCCGAUAAAUGUAAAAUAAAACAUCUAAACAAAAGCCUAUAUAUAAUUCAAAUCCAUUGUUUUUAUAUAAACCUGACUUAUUUUUGCAUUAGGUGAAAAAAAAAAAAUUGCAAAAAAAGCUGCCGAAGGUGCAAAUGUAGCGCAACAUGAUGCUGAUUACUUUUACAUACCACAUAAGGGGAGCACUGUUUGAAUAUGGGUUCACAUUAGCAUCACUAACACCACCGUCUAACAUGGCCUACAGAGCCUCGACAUAAACAGGCUUAGAGGAAGUGCAGAAAUCUGAAUCUGCACAGGAUUUGUGCAUACAUGUGUAGGUGUGCUUGCAUGUGUGUUUGAAAUCAUGCAAAGUGAUUCCUUAUUUCAAGCUGUGGAUUGAAAUAAUCUGAACAAUCCGUGUAGUGAUUGUGAAACUGUGAAACAUGAAAAAAAAUACACUGAGGCUUUUCAUUCA